UGUGUGACAGAAUGUUCUGUAUCUACAGGUAAACAUGAGCCUGGUUGUGACAUGUGACCUUUGUUUUCCACAGCUGAUUUCUGUGAGUUUCCUCUUUCCCUGUUUAGCCAAUAAAUAGCAGGAGGGACCCUCAGCUGCACAGCAGUUACUCGUUCCUCCUCUUGCACUCAGCAUCCAUCUGACACCAUGUGGACACAGGCCAGCGCUCCACUGCUGCUGCUGCUGCUCGCCUGCUGCGUCUGCACAGCAGAGGCUCAGAGCGACGGCAGCAGGAGACAAAGCAUCUGGGAUGAUCCCAUCAAAUCCAAGACCAAGGCUAAUGACUUGUGUACCAUGAUCAUCACCGGUCAGGGGGAACACACCAGGCUGAGGCUGUCGUGCCAGAGCACCAAGCAGUCGUACUGGUGUGAGUACGUGUCGGGAGCCUCUUACAACAAAAACCACUACUUUGUCCAGAUGAUGUGGGGCCUCAGGAAGCUCCACGACGCCUGCCAGGCGCCGAGACACAUCAAACCUCACAUGUGCAGGAAGGCAACGGACGACUCUCAGAUGGUCUUCUUGUACGUGUCCUUCAAACCAGCAGCUCAGGAUGCACAAGUUCAAUUUCCCUGCCACUGAAUCCACCCGCGUCCCUCUGAGUGUGAAGAGAACAACUCCACAACCUCUGACGCCAAGAAGGUGGCUCGGCAGUACUGUUGGAGGUCACUUCGAGGCAUCUGCUCCUUCUUCGUUGGGCUGUUUCGGAACAAAUAAUAAAAAAAAGGUUAGACGGCCUCUUUGAUAACAUGCAGUAUUUGUUAGGUUUUAUUAAACCCACCAGGGAGGUUAUGUUUUUGUUUGUUUGAA